CGACGAUCGCCUGGCGACGCUCCAAGCCACACAGACGACAAACGCAACUUCAGCUUGGCACACGCGCCUCGGCAUCGAUCUCGAUCACCCUUCCCCGGUCACAAUAGCAAGGAAAUUAAGCGGCUUUGUUCCGCCCCGCCAGCAGAUGAUGCUGGUUGCUGGAAGGGCCGCGACCACUGGACCUUAAGAUGAAUAGUCCACACGUCUCGGAUUCAGUCGGUCCUCGAUGGUGAGGCAUUCAUCAAGGAAAACUAGAUUCCCCCGUCAACUGGCAAACUUCUAGUGCACUAAAAAUAGUGUCCACCGGCAGGUAAGGCUACUGCACUGAUUACCGAGCCAUCGAGCCGCAGAGCGUCACAAGCACAAGAGGAAAGAGGAAAGAAGAAAUUCCAGAGCCAGAGCCAGAGCGAUCGCGUUCAUUGCCGUCAGCGGACGUCGAAAUCGGCUUAGGCGAUGACUGAUCAAAUGCUGAGUGCAGCCUCCGGCCAGCCACCGCCACCUGCCCUGGUGGCCCUCCCCGUCUCAACGCCCGGGUCCUACCUCAACGGUGCACCCGAGGGCGAUGUCGAGCCCGUGGAGCAGCCGGUGUUGUUGGAGCUCGGGGCCCCACAGUCGAGCCACAUCCCCAUCAGUCUCAACUACACGCUGUCCCCCGAUGGUGGCGGUAUGCUGGCCUAUGCCACACAUCAGCAGCCCCCGCAUGGCUGCCUCCCCUAUUCGCCCACCCUGAUGAGCAGCUACGAGAAGGAAUCCUCCGGAAUGGGCAUGAUGCAGUCAACGAUGGCUCAUCCGCCCUACAGCAUCAUUCCGCAGCCGGUGUCGAUGUGGCACGCCGGUCAGGUACCCGCCCCCCCUCUAUCUAGCCAUAUGGAGACCAAGCCCAACGAGCUGGUUCCUCCGCCCAUGUACAUGACCUACGGUGGCGGGAGCAUCGCCAGCAGCACCGAGGUGGAGAUCUCAAAGGAGCACAAUCCCGCCUGGCGGGAGAAGGCUCUGCAGAUGGAGAAGGAUUACAGGCGCACGGCCUGCGAUCGGGAGCGCACCAGGAUGCGGGACAUGAACAGAGCCUUCGAUCUGCUGCGCUCCAAGCUGCCCAUCUCCAAGCCCAAUGGCAAAAAGUACUCCAAAAUCGAGAGCUUAAGGAUUGCCAUCAACUAUAUCAAUCACCUCCAGGCGAUGCUGCGCGACAAUUCGACGCAAAAUGAAAGCGUCUGUUGCACUUGGAGCGGAGGCAGCAGUUCUCCUUACGAUCAAGGCCACGACCAGUGGGGAGCGUAGGCGAAGAAUCGUUGUGAAAAGUUUGCCAAAGAACCAAGUCUUGACCAGUGUCGCCAGCUUUGCUACAUCCGUAUUUCUGGAAACGACAAAUCGAUUUUAAUAGGUGGGUAGACGUAGACCCACCCCGUCCUUAUUAGUGUAAUACAUAUCUAUAAUAAAUAAAAGUUAUUACUGUUAAGAACGUGUCUUUUGCGGCAUCCCGAACAGCAGGAGAUCUGCAGAGUGUAAACAAAUCAAAUCGCGCGCCAUUGCACAGUGUCGCCAUCUGGCAGUUGUGUAGUAAAAAUGUAGAGUUGGAAAAAUUCUGACAACUCGACAAUUUUAAAUUGAAAAUUUUCCGUUCGAGAUCACAUUUGAUUUAUAAAUUAAACAAUUCCGGCACUCUUGUCUUUUUAGGCUAUAUAUAUUUAACUUUACUGUUUAACAUUUGAAUUUUGGUAAUUUACAUAUUGAUGAAUAGUUUGAUAGAGGGCUGACCUGACUGGCGAGUAUGUUAUCUGUUAUAUAUAUAAACCUAAAAAGUACAACAAACAAGGAAGAUUUAACAAAUUACUAUGGAA